GCAUUGUAAGGAGAAGCCGGGUAAUUAAUACGAUAGGCGCCGUUACAAACCGCCAACUGGUGAUCAUUAUUCUCUGAAAAUGGAGCCGCGGACAGACGGAGCAGAAUGCGGUGUCCAGGUAUUUUGUCGUAUUCGGCCGCUCAAUAAGACCGAGGAGAAGAAUGCGGACCGUUUCCUGCCCAAAUUCCCUUCCGAGGACAGUAUAUCGCUUGGGGGAAAAGUAUACGUGUUCGAUAAAGUGUUCAAGCCGAACACCACGCAAGAGCAAGUGUACAAAGGAGCCGCUUAUCACAUCGUACAGGAUGUAUUAUCCGGUUAUAAUGGAACAGUUUUUGCAUAUGGACAAACAUCUUCCGGAAAAACACAUACAAUGGAGGGAGUAAUCGGUGAUAAUGGCUUGUCGGGAAUCAUUCCACGUAUCGUUGCUGACAUCUUUAACCACAUUUAUAGUAUGGACGAGAAUCUUCAAUUUCACAUCAAAGUGUCCUAUUAUGAAAUUUACAACGAGAAGAUUCGAGAUUUAUUAGACCCCGAGAAGGUCAAUUUGUCCAUUCAUGAAGAUAAAAAUCGAGUGCCAUACGUGAAGGGAGCCACCGAACGGUUUGUUGGAGGACCCGAUGAGGUUCUUCAGGCAAUCGAAGAUGGAAAAUCCAACAGAAUGGUUGCAGUUACGAACAUGAACGAACAUUCUUCUCGAUCUCAUUCCGUCUUCUUGAUUACUGUGAAACAAGAACAUCAGACAACAAAGAAACAGCUCACCGGAAAGCUUUAUCUUGUUGAUUUGGCUGGUUCUGAGAAAGUGAGCAAAACUGGAGCUCAAGGAACAGUUUUAGAAGAAGCCAAAAACAUCAACAAGUCACUUACUGCACUCGGAAUAGUUAUUUCAGCAUUGGCUGAAGGAACUAAAUCUCAUGUUCCAUAUCGUGAUUCCAAACUGACUCGUAUUCUUCAAGAAUCUCUAGGAGGAAAUUCCCGUACUACAGUUAUUAUUUGUGCUUCUCCGUCACAUUUCAACGAAGCUGAAACUAAAUCCACACUUUUGUUCGGAGCACGUGCGAAGACUAUCAAGAAUGUUGUACAAAUCAACGAAGAGCUCACAGCAGAAGAAUGGAAACGGCGAUAUGAGAAAGAAAAAGAGAAGAAUACUCGAUUGGCCGCCCUUCUCCAGGCAGCGGCUUUGGAACUUUCACGCUGGCGUGCUGGAGAAUCAGUGUCUGAGGUUGAAUGGGUCAAUCUAUCAGAUUCUGCUCAAAUGGCUGUGUCGGAAGUUUCUGGUGGGUCGACUCCACUCAUGGAACGUUCGAUUGCUCCAGCUCCUCCAAUGCUAACUUCUACAACUGGCCCGAUCACUGACGAAGAGAAGAAGAAGUACGAAGAGGAACGUGUCAAACUGUAUCAGCAACUCGACGAGAAAGAUGAUGAGAUUCAAAAAGUUUCGCAAGAGCUUGAGAAGCUUAGACAACAAGUUCUUCUCCAAGAAGAAGCUUUGGGAACUAUGCGUGAAAACGAGGAGCUGAUCCGUGAAGAGAACAACCGAUUCCAAAAAGAAGCUGAAGACAAGCAGCAAGAAGGAAAGGAAAUGAUGACAGCUCUGGAAGAGAUUGCUGUCAACUUGGAUGUUCGACAAGCAGAAUGCGAAAAAUUGAAGAGAGAGUUGGAAGUUGUUCAAGAAGAUAACCAGAGUUUGGAAGAUCGAAUGAACCAAGCAACAUCACUCCUCAAUGCUCAUCUUGACGAAUGUGGUCCAAAAAUCCGUCAUUUCAAAGAAGGAAUCUACAAUGUUAUUCGUGAAUUCAACAUUGCUGACAUUGCCUCUCAAAAUGAUCAACUUCCUGAUCACGAUCUUCUGAACCAUGUCAGAAUCGGAGUUUCAAAACUCUUCUCAGAAUACUCUGCUGCGAAAGAGAGCAGUACAGCUGCCGAGCAUGAUGCUGAAGCGAAACUUGCAGCUGAUGUUGCUCGUGUUGAAUCUGGUCAAGACGCGGGUAGAAUGAAACAAUUGCUGGUGAAGGAUCAGGCGGCAAAGGAGAUCAAGCCACUAACAGAUCGUGUCAAUAUGGAGCUUACAACGUUGAAGAAUUUGAAAAAGGAGUUCAUGAGAGUACUUGUUGCUCGAUGCCAAGCCAAUCAAGACACCGAGGGAGAAGAUUCUCUCAGUGGACCAGCUCAAAAGCAACGAAUUCAGUUCUUGGAGAACAAUUUGGACAAGUUGACGAAGGUUCACAAGCAGCUUGUUCGCGACAAUGCCGAUUUGCGCGUUGAACUGCCAAAGAUGGAAGCUCGUCUUCGUGGUCGUGAAGAUCGCAUCAAAAUAUUAGAAACUGCUCUUCGUGAUUCGAAGCAACGUAGUCAAGCAGAACGAAAGAAGUAUCAACAAGAAGUUGAACGAAUCAAGGAAGCUGUUCGACAACGUAACAUGCGACGAAUGAAUGCUCCACAAAUUGUGAAGCCAAUCCGUCCAGGACAAGUGUAUACGUCUCCGUCAGCAGGAAUGUCACAAGGAGCUCCAAAUGGCUCAAACGCAUAAUGUCUCCCAACAACAACAUCAACUCAUCGUCUUCUUUGAUCCAAUCAAUACACUGAAGACUGACAUUCAAAUGCUUCUCUAUCUCUCUUCUUUUCCCGGCUUUGUGAUAUACUUUCGAUGGGCUUUUCUGUUUAUUUUAAAAUCUAGUAACUUAUACAAUUACGCGGCUUCUGGAAGUUUCAACAAAAAUAUCUUCAUUUGGUUGGUUGUGUCUCCCCAUUUCGUUCCUUGGCUUCUCGUCUUCCAUGUAGAAUACAAAACUUCAAAAGCUAAAAGUAUUUAAAGCUUCCCUCCACCCCCACCCAAAUUGCCUUUUUCCGCCUUUUUGUUCUAAUAGUCUGUUUCUAUACGAUUUUCCUGUUUCAGUUUUACUAAUCUGACACGAGGUUUUGUCUGGUUCUUCCCCCCGUCACCCACCAACACUCCUAUGAUUGUUUUUUGCAUGCGUUUGAGUGUCUUUAAAGCUUGCUUGCUAAAUCCCCCUAUCAUUCUUCAUAAGAAAUCAACUUGUUUCGUUUCUGCACAAUUCGGCCCCCAAAUCCCCGCACAUCCCAAUUGCGUAAUUCAUUUUUUUGUAUCUUUUGCUCUUCCAGUAAAUAAAAUUAUUAUUUUUUCUGUUAUUAAAUAAACGUUUUGCUGUUUU